GCUUCACAGCUGCGACUCGUUAACGGCCCUUUAAGGAGCAGGUGAGCCACCGCUCGGGAGUGCAGGCUCUGUCACAUUUGCAGGGAUCUCCUCUGAGGAACGCUAGUCUUCUUCUCCCAGCAGGCAGCCAUGAUCCUUGCAGCUCUUGUGUGGGCCUACUGGAUUUGUCUUUUGCUCUCCGGUGACGGUGUUGCUAUGCCAGUGAAAGAAAAAGGUCGAAUCAGUCCUGUUUCAAGCAACCUAGAGGAUUACGACGAUUUGACAUUGGAUGAGCCUGUCGACUGGGAGGAGCUACAAUUGGACUACGACCUACAGCAGCCACUUUGGGGAGCAAGUUCCCAAAAUCAACCGCUUAACAGUCCUGGUCCUGAUGCUGAUGUCGUGGAGCAACACCAUGGAGUGAGUCCACCGUAUCACUCUCUUGAGUACAAGCCAAGCAGCCCUCAAAGCGGUGACCGCCAUCAACCGUCCGCUUAUCAGCCUGCGAGCAGCGGUUUUACGAACUCAAACGAGGACCGUCAAGCCGGCGACACGAAACGUGUAAGCUUUGAGAGAAUCUUUCAGUUCCCUCAUGGCGGCUUCCAGCAAAACAAUUACCCAUCAGCCCAUAGAGGCCAGCUGCCUGCUUACCCAGCAUCGAUGGGGUGGCCCGUUGGCUUUCAAACAGAUAACCGACGGGUUCCCGCUUGGCAAGAGAUGCAACUAGUCCGUAGAUCUCAUGACUCGCCGCCUUCCAGCUAUAUCAGCCAGUAUAGAGGACACUACACGCAAGGCCGGUCGAAGUUCAGCAGAGAUAGCUACAGUCCAAAUGCUGACCUUCCACUGAUUUGGUAAAUGCAAUUGAAUGUGUAUCAUUAUUUAACCUAUUAAAAUCAUAUUUUGAAUA